AUGGGACAAUCACGACGCCCUCGAGACCCGGAGAAGAAGAGCCGCGGGUUCGGACGGUCGAGGCAUGGUGAGGGCGGGGCAGGGGGAAAACCUCAGGUUAAAAAGGCCGUAUUCGAAAGCACAAAAAAGAAGGAGGUUGGAGUGUCAGAUCUGACGCUCCUCAGCAAAGUAUCGAAUGAGGCCAUAAAUGAGAACUUGAAAAAGAGAUUUGAACAUGGCGAAAUUUACACAUACAUCGGUCAUGUCCUUGUCUCUGUGAACCCAUUUAGAGACCUGGGUAUCUAUACCGACAAGGUCCUUGAUUCCUACCGCGGCAAAAACCGACUUGAAGUUCCCCCACAUGUUUUCGCUGUCGCUGAAGCAGGAUAUUAUAACAUGAAAGCAUACAAGGAAAAUCAAUGUGUCAUUAUCUCGGGCGAAUCCGGUGCUGGAAAAACCGAAGCUGCAAAGCGCCUGAUGCAGUAUAUUGCGAAUGUGUCAGGUGGCAGCGAUUCUUCCAUCCAGCAUACCAAAGACAUGGUUCUGGCGACUAACCCUCUUCUCGAGUCCUUCGGUAAUGCGAAGACCUUGCGGAAUAAUAACUCGUCGCGGUUCGGAAAAUAUCUAGAAUUACAAUUCAAUUCUGUUGGUGAACCUGUCGGCGCCACGAUUACAAAUUAUCUCCUGGAGAAAUCUAGAGUCGUAGGGCAAAUCACGAAUGAACGAAACUUCCAUAUAUUUUAUCAAUUCACUAAAGCUUCACCGCAGACCUAUAGAGAUAACUUCGGCAUCCAACAACCGCAGUCUUAUGUGUAUACAAGCCGCUCCAAAUGUUUUGAUGUCCCAGGCAUAGAUGAUACUACUGAUUUCAAAGAUACAUUAAAAGCCAUGAACAUCAUUGGUUUAUCCCAAGCCGAACAAGAUAAUAUCUUCCGCGUUCUGUCAGCUAUUUUAUGGCUCGGAAAUAUGCAAUUUAUCGAAGAUGACAGUUCCAACGUUUCAAUAACGGAUCAAUCGGUGGUGGAUUUCGUCGCCUACUUAUUAGAAGUUGAUGCCGCUGCCGUGAACAAGGCCCUUACGUUGAGAAUUAUGGAAACUGCCCGAGGCGGGCGCAGGGGUUCCGUGUAUGAGGUUCCUUUGAACGUUGUCCAAGCCACUGCUGUUCGAGACGCACUCGCAAAAGCCCUUUAUUUUAACAUGUUUGAUUGGAUUGUUCAGCGAGUUAAUGCCUCACUUGCAGCUAGGGGCUCUGUGGAAAACUCCAUCGGUAUCCUGGAUAUUUAUGGGUUCGAGAUUUUUGAGAAAAACUCUUUCGAACAACUCUGUAUCAACUACGUCAACGAAAAGCUACAGCAAAUCUUCAUCCAGCUUACCUUAAAGACGGAACAAGAGGAAUACGCUCGCGAGCAAAUCAAGUGGACUCCCAUUACAUACUUUGAUAACAAAGUUGUGUGUUCCUUGAUUGAAGAUAAACGACCACCUGGGAUUUUCGCCGCAUUGAAUGACGCUUGUGCAACUGCACAUGCUGACUCCGGCGCGGCUGAUCAGACGUUUGUAGGAAGGCUGAAUUUCCUUAGUCAAAAUCCAAACUUCGAGUCCAGGCAGGGCCAAUUUAUUGUAAAGCAUUAUGCUGGCGACGUUGGCUACACUGUGGAUGGAAUGACGGACAAAAAUAAGGAUCAACUAUUGAAAGACUUGCUUAAUCUAGUGGGCUCGAGUAGUAACCGCUUCAUGCAUACACUCUUCCCCAACCAGGUUAAUCAGGACGACAAGCGUCGGCCGCCAACUGCCGGCGACAAGAUUAAAGCAUCUGCAAACGACCUCGUUGCGACUUUAAUGAAGGCACAACCGUCAUACAUCAGAACUAUAAAACCGAACGACAACAAGUCACCAUCCGAGUACAAUGUUGGCAAUGUGAUGCAUCAAAUUAAAUACCUUGGUCUACAGGAGAACGUCCGAAUUCGCAGAGCGGGGUUCGCCUACCGCCAAACUUUUGACAAGUUUGUCGAACGCUUCUACCUGUUGUCACCGAAGACUUCAUAUGCUGGAGAUUACACCUGGACUGGGGACGCUGAAUCGGGGGCGAGGCAGAUCCUGAAAGACACUAGCAUCCCCGCAGACGAAUAUCAGAUGGGUACUACGAAAGCUUUCAUAAAAACCCCUGAGACCCUGUUCGCACUUGAACACAUGCGGGAUAGAUACUGGCAUAACAUGGCCAUCCGUAUUCAGCGAGCUUGGCGAAAUUACCUCCGAUACCGAAUUGAAUGUGCUAUCCGAAUCCAAAGGUUCUGGAGACGGGUCACGGGAGGGCUGGAAUAUAUCAAACUCCGAGACCAGGGCCACAGAAUUCUUGGUGGAAUGAAGGAAAGACGAAGAUACAGUCUUGUUGGCUCGCGAAGAUUCCUUGGUGAUUAUCUUGGAGUUGGAAACAAUGGAGGCCCUGGAGAAAUGAUCAGGGAUUCCAUUCGCAUUAGCAAAUCCGAAACUAUUUUAUUCUCCUGCCGCUGUGAGCUCCUUGUCACCAAAUUCGGUCGUUCAAGUAAACCUUCUCCACGAAUUUUAAUUCUAACAUCAAACAAUGUUUACAUUGUCGUCCAAAGCGUCGUAAAUAAUCAAUUGAAUAUUUCCGCGGAAAGAACAAUAUCCAUCGGUGCAAUCAAGUUCGUCAGCGCGUCGAAAUUGAAAGAUGACUGGUUUGCUCUUGGAGUUGGUUCUCCCCAGGAGCCCGAUCCCCUUAUUAGCUGUGUAUUUAAGACAGAAUUUUUUGCAUACCUCUCCAAUGCGCUGCGCGGCCAACUCAACCUCAAGGUCGCCGACACUAUCGAAUAUAAUAAGAAGCCAGGCAAGUUGGCAGUAAUAAAGACAAUGAAAGAUCCAGCAAUUGCUCGUGAUGAUCUGUAUAAAAGUGGGACAAUCCACACCAGUCAAGGAGAACCACCAAAUUCUGUAUCAAAACCAACUCCAAGACCGAAGCAAGUUGCUGGCAAGCCCAUAACCAAAGGCAAAUUGCUCCGACCCGGUGGACCUGGAGGAGCGCCAUCAAAACUGGCGUCGCGACCAGCCGCUUCAAAGCCAACACCCACACCUCAACCUCUACCGAAUGCUACCCCCAAAGCCACAGGUAUGAGUUCUCGACCCGCACCGGAGGCUGCAAUGCCCGUUGGUGCCAACUCCUCCAGCCAUACCAGAAAUACCUCAGGACAAGCUCGAGCACCUCCUCCACCACCUCCUCCGGCCGCACCGCCAGCAGCCAAAAAAGAUACCGCCAAGGUUUUGUAUGACUUCAACAGUGAGCGCUCUAACGAGCUUUCUGUCCGCAAAGGCGAAAUUGUCCAAAUAAUGGCAAAAGAAGGAAAUGGCUGGUGGCUUUGCAUGAACACCACAACCUCCGCACAAGGCUGGGCCCCCGAGGCCUACCUAGAAGAGAUUGUAGUCCCGAUCCUCGCUGCGGCCGCUCCCCCGCCACCUCCACCACCUCCUGCAGCGCCUAGAGCAGUCACGCUUUCCAACGUGAACCCCGUAAACGCCGUCGUAACCAACGGCGCUUCUCGCGCUGCCGCGAAAGCCAAACCUACCCCACCAGCUCCACCGGCCAAACGACCAAUCGCCAGUCGCAAGCCGGCGCCAUCCCCCGCCCCGCGAGACAGUGCGGUAAGCAUGAACUCGCACGACUCGUCGGGCGGGAGUGGCCGUGCCACGCCAAAUAGUAUGAAUAGUGCUAGCUUCGCGGGCGGGCUCGCGGAGGCGUUGAGGCAGAGGCAGAGUGCGAUGAAGCCGCAGGACGGUGACGAUUGGUAGAUGCCUGGAUGAGUGAGUGUGGCUGGCGCAUUAUUUUAUACGUACAUUUCCGAUAGAUAGUUAUGUUGCAUGAUUUUCUUUUUCGUCGUAUUUAUUUUCUGCUCUACUUUGGGUUUUUCUUGCCGCCAUCGCA